GCAUCAGCGGGGUGCACAGAUGACUAUUCUCUAUGCAACUUCUGGAAAGGGAUACACGAGUGCGUCCUCAAUCCGAACUCCAUGAUGUGUUCCUGUGCUAUGUCCUGCAACACCGCCUCCGAGUGCUCAGCUGCAGGUGAAGGUGCUGACACACACUGCCAGUGUUCCUUCAAUGCAUCGAGGGGAUUCUGUGAGACCAAAGACCUAGCUACAACGUGUCCUCAUACAUGUUCGCUCAGACAGACUGUCACGUGCCCCCCUCAUGAACCCUAUCCAAACGCUAUACCUGUUGGUCGGCGGAGAUACCUUGAUCGAGUGACGUACAUAUGUCGCCAUGGAUACCGUAACGAUGGAGACGUCGGGCUUCGGGUGUGUGACGCAUCAGGGAUAUGGAGGGAAGAGGGUCAACCACCGAUUUGUACUUAUGAUUCAAGUCUCCUGGUACCUUGCCCGGUUCAAGUGAAAGCAUUUUUUUCUCGUUGGUCUACGUCAGUGGACAGAGUUGGGAUCCUGGACUCGGCUCAAGACACCAACCUCUUGGAGUGCUCGGACAUGUGCUUGAGGGUGCCGGGGUGUUCAUACCUUGCCCAUGAUCAAGUCACUAGGAAGUGCUUUCUUUAUUACAACGUUGUUCGAAGCGGGUUCAAAACAGCCGAGGGUGGAAGCGUGUGGAAAAAAGUGUUUCAUGUUCUGCCAGUUACAUACUACAGUUAAACCAGCUCUACCCUCCAAAAUGAGUGGGGCUGUUCAAAAACAGCAGUGAGUGGAUUAGGUUAAACGUCGCUUUGAACAGUAUUCCAGUCAUAUCACGGCGUGCUGUGAUGCAGAUCUUAGACGUUAAUCUCUUGGGGGAAAUCCUUGAGCACAUAAACCAAGAAAUCGGGCCAACCGGGAUUCGAACGCACGAUCAAAGGUUUCUGGCGUGCACAAGGAACACAACUUUGCACAGCGAAUUGCGGCGCCUUAUAUUAGAUGCCCCUCGAAAAUACCAUAUAAUUACAGAAAUACAAAGAGGUUUCAAGUGAUGGUUAUGGAUGGAUAUGAGAGAAGAAGGACUCGGUUUGACAUGGCAAUCAGUUGAACAUGUGUAUUGUAAGGCUGUAAGCAACCACGAAAGACGACAGGGGCGUGUAGUCAAGAAUAAAACGUUUGAGAUGACUCGAUCAAUAAUGGAGCAUGCUCAAAGAUUGGUACGGGAUCGGGUGGUCAGGCCCGCUGACUUGGUUGAUACAUGUCAUCGUAUGCCAAUUACGUGGAUCGAUGCUCAUGAUGUCAAGCACUGGAUUGUCUGGUCCAGACUCGACUAUUUACAGACCGCCUUCAUAUAGCUGGAAUAUUGCUGGGUGCGUCUUCGAGUGAAGAGGGGAGAGUCUAAUAUUUACAUAGACUCUCCCCACUUCACGAGAUGAGAUAAAAGUGGUAUUUGAGAAAACACAUUGAAUUUUCUAUUUAAUAUAUACAUGUUUUAUUUUUAUUACUUGCAAUUUAUAUAUUUUUUUCGAAAACAGUUUCUGAUAAAUUACUAAGUUCUCCCUGUCGCCCCUUUACCACCGCGUAUAAAGGGUUUUGCGAAAAGAAUAUAGUUCGUGAAGAAAAUUAGCCCUGGUAAUAUAUGUUAUGCGAAAUAUUUUAUUUCAUAUCGAGUAUUAAGUUUCGUGGAUAUUUUUGUUUGUCAUAAUUAAACAUUCCUGUUUAAAAUGGAUAACUCUUUAAUGUUUUGAUUCAGGAGAAAGUAGUUCCGGUAUCAGUCACUAGUGACUGAUAACUUGAUCUAUCGUCUCUGAUAAGUUCCAGUAUUUCAUUCAUAUGUAUAAUUUAUUAUAAUAAAUAAUACCCAUAAAAAAUCCCAUCGCCCUGACCCCCAACACUCAUCCUCCCAGCACAAUAUAAAAAGGCCAGUCCCUAAGUACAUCAACGGACGAGUCAUUAGUAGCAACUCUAUCCUUUAUUAUAUUAUGUUUACUAUGUGUUUCUUUAAACCAAUUUUAGAGAAUCAUGCCAAACACAAUACAGUGUCCUCACGACAUUGUGCAGAGCAAAUUAGGUCUGUGUUUGCUAAACAUUCGAAAAUAAGGCAUAGCUCAACUUUGAUUGUGUAUGUAAACGUCAACGCCAAAGGAUAACUAGACAAAAUAUUAGUUUACAUAACACAUUAUAUGAAUGGAUCACUGAAAAGCAAGUGUUCGAGGAAAGGGAAAGUUUGUCUUACCCUUCCGAUAAAAGCAGACUUGUUGGUUGAGAUAACAAAGCGAAUGUCUUUCAAGUACAUUAAUUAGUAGAAACCAUUGAUUGCAUUACGGGCAAUUCUGUUGCUCUUUUAACAUAUUUCGUGAUUCAUCACUAAAACCAAUACAGUGUCCGAUGAGAAAUGGGGUUGUAUUUGUUUGCUUCACAUUCGAAUAAAAGGCCCAAAACUAAACUAUUGAUUAUGAAGCAGAUGUACAGGAA